UUGAACUAUUGCCAUCUGGACCGGCUUUUAUUUACAAACAGUGAGAAACCAAUGAACAUAGUGGUUCAUUAAAUCGCUGGGACGCCUAGCGGGCAUCCCUCCCGGCAAGCGAGCUUGGCGCAGGGAAAGGAGACCUCGGGCUCCAGGGGCCUAGCAGCCUCUUCUUCCGGGCGUCCCGGGCUGCCCUCACUCUCAGUCCCCGCCGUCUCAUUUGUCGCCUUCCGACGCAUGACCCCGUCGCGCUCGCGUCCCAGGCCGGUGACAGGCGCAGGGUGCGCCAAGCGGUCCCAUGUGCCCCUUCCCUCUCGCGGCCGCUGCAGUCGCCGCGCCCCGAACCCCGCUCCGGCUCCUGGGCAGAAGGCUCGCCGCUGCCAUGUCUACCGCCAGGCCACUCAAAUCCGUGGACUAUGAAGUGUUCGGGAGAGUGCAGGGUGUUUGCUUCAGAAUGUACACUGAAGAUGAAGCUAGGAAAAUAGGAGUGGUUGGCUGGGUGAAGAAUACCAGCAAAGGCACUGUGACAGGCCAAGUGCAAGGCCCUGAAGAGAAAGUCAAUUCCAUGAAGUCCUGGCUGAGCAAGAUUGGAAGUCCUAGUUCUCGAAUUGACCGCACAAACUUUUCUAAUGAAAAAACCAUCUCUAAACUUGAAUACUCGAAUUUUAGUAUUCGAUAUUGAUAGGAGAGAAAUUAUACUACACAAUAGACAUAUGUGUUCUUCAGCCUACACACUAGAAUAAUAGUAGCAGAGUAGGGCAAUAAAGGAAAUUUGUUCUGAAAGCUAUAACAUAUGUUACAUUAUAUGUGACACUGAAAUAGUUUUACUCAACUUUGUUUUUAACAAGCCAAAACUUAGCAUUAUAAAAUUUAAAAUGUCAUUAUACAGUAUUUAAGCAGUAUAAAAUUUAAAAUGUCAUUAUACAGUAUUUAACAUGAAUAUAUAAAUUAAACUUGUCUCAUGGGAUCUUUAAUGAAUAUUAUGGCAUACAUGUUAUUUGGCUGUACCUAAACUAAUAAAGUUAAUCACUUAACAAUUUUUAU